AUGCCCCGAUUUAAUCGACGGGAACAGCUGCCGCUCCACAUCAAGCGCGCCAUUUGCGCGCACCACGUCGAACACCCCGUCCUGCGCCAUGUCGACCUAGCUCGAUGGUGUUUCUCCCAGUACGGGUUGCGCCCGGAUCGCUCUACGAUCGGCCGCAUCCUAAAAACCGCCGAGCGAUGGGCUGUGACGUCCGACGGCGACAACCCGGUGCGCCGUCGGGGAGGCGCCUGGCCUGAGCUGGAGCAGGCCAUGGGGCGGUGGAUAGCAAACGCAGGACCCGCCGGUGUGCCCCUCACACUCCAAACCAUCCGCGACCAUGUCGCGGCGAUGGCCAGGAACAUGGGCAUUCCGCCCACCUUCCGAUGCUCGAUCGGCUGGGUGCGCCGUGCAUUGCGGCGCCAGGGCGUGAGAUGCCGCGCGGCACAGGGCGAGGCCGCCAGCGCAGAUAUGGCGGCCCUCGGCGUCGCCCCGCGGGACACCUUCAACCUCGACGAGACUGCUCUCUGGCUGUCGGUGCUUCCGCGGCGCACGUACAGCAGCGGCCGCAUACCAGGCCGCAAGGUCUCGAAGGAGCGAUUGACCGUCGCAUUCCUCGUGAAUGCGGACGGUAGCCAUGCAUUCCGGCCGCUUGUGAUCAGCAAGGCGAAGAGGCCGCAUGACUUCCGGCCCGACUACGACCCUGAGGCGCUAUGCUACUGGCGCCAUAAUGCCAAAGGCUGGAUGACCUUGCCAACCUCCGUCGGCGCGCGCACCAUUCAACGGUGCUGGUGGCGCACGGGGUGUCUUCCCCUCUCGUGGUCACUGGAGCUGCCGCACGUGCAUGACGACGAGCCCAUCCCCGCAGCUUAUCCCGACAUCGAACUCGACGAUGACAUCGAUGAUGUCGGGACGCUUAUUAACAGGCUCGCCCUCGGGGAUGCGGCAAUGACGGCGGCGGAAUACGUCGCCAUCGACGACGCGGAGCCCACGUGUGCGGAAGGCACGGCACACCCGCCCGUGACAGAGGAAGAGAUGCGCUUGGAGGUGGAGCUCUGGCAGGCGCCGACGACCAUGCAGGCCGUCUACGACGACGCCGACCCCGUGUGCCGUGAAGCGCGCCGCACUGCUCGUCCGGCGUGCGAGAUGCUCAUCGGCUACGCCCGGGCCACCCGCAUCACUCCGCGCGAUCUGUGCGCUCUUUUCAACAUCCGCAAUCCAAUCAUAAUCGCGCGGAUGGAGCGGGCGAGCCCGGGAUUCAAUCUCAACGUGGCGCCGCAGCCCGUACCCUCCCCCGGCGCAACCCCCACUCCCGAGACCCCUCGUCCGCGGGGCCGUGUGCUGCCCGACUGGAUGACCCGCCCGUCCCGCCGUCAGCAGCUGCUUGAUGCCGGGGUGGGCGCCGUGAUGGACGGCUAUGUGGAUGCAGCUGAAUGGAUGCGUCUGUGA